AUGGAACAACUGGAUGAAGCAAAAACUUGUGCCUAAUCAUAUUUACUCAUGUAAUACAAUACUUAGCCUAAUACUUGUGAUGCAAAUUAAGGAGAUUAAGGAUGCUUACAUAUGGAUUUAGAUGUGCAGAUUAAGCUUCAUCAGUUUGCCUUUACUCUGUUGAAGGAGAGUGAACAUCAUGUGUAGAAAUGUGAUAUUGCGGCAACUGAUGCUACAAGGGAGGAUGACACUAAAUGUUCAACUUACUAGUAAUCAGAUUUUGUUGCUAGAAUAGGAGGUUGUCAAACCAGAGCAACUGGUGAUUUCUUACAAAUCUUUACUCUAAUUUACGGUUGA